UAUCUAAAGCUCCAAAUUAACACAUCUUAUCAAAGUAUUUUUUUUUUUGAACAAUCUAAUCAAAGUAUUUAAUUCUCCUAUUUACUAUCCUAAAGAAAAAAAAAAAUUACAAGAUAAACAAACAAACAAAGUUGUAGCUAUGGCAAAUUCCAAGCUUUUCCUUGCUACAUUUGUGCUUGCUUUUGUUGUUCUUAAUGUGGUUCAAGCUCAAGAAAUGAUUGAGAUUAACAAUAAUCUUCAAAGGUCUCUCCUUGGUAUAGAUUGUGGAGCAGCAUGCGAGACUAGGUGUAAGUUAAGCAGCAGACCAAAUCUAUGUCACAGGGCAUGUGGUACAUGUUGCGCUCGUUGUGGGUGUGUUCCGCCGGGUACUUCUGGUAACGAAAAAGAGUGCCCUUGCUAUUACAACCAGAGAACUCACGGUGGAGAACGCAAGUGCCCUUAAAUUACCUUCUUAUUUCAACUCAAAAAUACAUCCUAUGUAUACUCAUCCUUUUCAUUAUAUUUUAAGUUUGUAAUGCUAUAAAAUUUCCAUGUUUUCAUAGGUCGUAUAAUGAGUAUGUAUGUAAUUGUAUUUAAUUGUACCUUCACGUAUUUUGUGAAUGAAUUAUUGCCUGAUGAAUAACGUGUUCGCAUCCCUAAAUAUUUGCUUUGUUGUCAUUGUUGAUAAAUUGAAGCACGAAAUGUUUAUCAGACUUGUGAAUGAAUUGUUGAUCAAUUAUUCCCUUAGAAGCUUUUGAUCUACGAGAAAAAUGAGAAGAAGAUAUAUACUACCUCCGUUUCAUAAAAUCUGCAACAAUUUCCUAAAACGGAAACUACACAUUAUGUGCAAAAAAAAAAAACUUUCUUAAUAUAGUAAAUUUUUUUGUUUAAAUUUACCAACAUACCCUUACUUAACUUCAAUAAACCACCUAUUAACUUACUAACCUAAAUUAAUUUAUUUAUAAUUAAACCCUAACCCAUAUUCUCUUUCCUCCCUCAUAGCCCACAUCCACCACCAACAUCACCAACUUUUCUCUCUCCACCCUCUCAACCACCAGAAACACACUUUUCUCUCUCAUCCCUCUCAAACCACCAGAAAUACAGUCUACCACCACCACUCAGAUCAGCGCCACCUCGUGACAGU